CUCGACUCGGGCACCACUCCCCAUAUGCCAGAUUGUCCAUGCCAAACUCGCGCUGGCAUUUUUGCCCAGUGAGGUCAUACGCCUCCCCGUCGGUCAUGCUCGACACCGUGACAAGACCACCACACCUCCUCCUGCACCCUCCCGCGACCACGACAAAGGACGCCACGCAUUCCAGCCGGCUUCAUCAACACAUCCUGCCUCGACCCCCGCUUUCGCUUCCGCUUCGACUCGGUAUUGUUCUUUGGCAUCCCAGAAGCAGCAUUCGAGCGUCAUAGUUCCUCGUACUCGAACGCCAUUGUUCCUCCGCCCUCCUCCUACCUCGUCCUGUUUCUCGCUUCCCCCGGGACCUGUCCUCCUGUCUCCACAUUGACAGGACAGCCUGCUCGAUAUCCGCUUCUGAAUACCCGACUAGUCAGCCAGCUUGCUCAUCCGCUCCACUCUUGCGUCGGCGGCCAACCCGGCGGACACCGUCACUCCUCCUUGUCGUUGCCCCUCCGACUGGUCCGCCUUCCUGUCUCGGGCAGCCUUCGCUUCAACCUCCUCCAAUCCUCCCAGCUUCGAACCUAUGCCACCGAUGUUUCGUGCAGCAUGACCUCGGACUCAGGGCCUACUGUUGCUUCUCACCGCAUCAGUGGCCAUGUCGGAGGCCGCAAGGAGCCGGGUGGCCCUUACCCACACAUCGACGAUAUCCUACAGGUUACCCCCGAUGGUAACUCCUCGCAGCCACUCGGCCACCUCCUCGGAAUCGCAGAGAAUGGCGUCAAGUACGCAAAGUUCCAGGCAGACAUCGGCCGGAUAGACAUAGCCCUCAGGGAGUACCUGAAGGCUUACAUCAUCGCCGUCAACAUCAUACCCGGCCACAGAGACUACACAUCACUCCAGAUAGACCGGAAGCACCUCGGGGACCGCUACUCCAGACUCACAAAGGACUUGCAUGCCUAUACAGAUAAUUACGAGACCAUAAAGCAGACUAUCAAGGCCGACAAUGCGAAAACGGGGGUCCAAAGGGCCACGCAGACAAGUGCCCACAACGGCAGGCCACAGACACCAAAGUACCCGUCAAAGGCUCCAGCCGUUACUACUUCGCCGACAAAGAAGAAUCCGUCGCCCGCCAAGAUGAGGCCACCUGUACAGCCCAAGCCGCCUGGUCUCUCUGGGAAGACCAUACAGAAGCCAGGCACAGGUGGCAAGACCGACGACCUGACCCAGAGGUUUAACGCAUUACGAGGUCAUGUUCAAGACCCACGCAUAAAUACACAACCGCCGCCUGUUCCCAUUCCCACAGAGAAGCCCGCAGGUCCUAGGGAGAUGCCAAAAAAGCCCCCGUUAUCAGUCGAUGGCGUGGAUCCGGUGAUGCCAAAGCUUCCGGAUGCCAUAUAUAGCCCCGUCCGGAGUAACCUCUCCAAUGAAGCUGCGUCACUGCCGUCAAGCACCCCUCGUGGCUUCAGCAGGCAGAACUCGUCACUUUCUUCGGCUGCGAAUUACCCCCCGACCCAGACCAAUGACUAUUUUGGACCCAUCACUUCCACAGGGCCGACAUCUGCACCAUCCAACGAGAAACGACGGACUCCACUCCCCGAAGGAGACAUCAUCACUGUUGAGGAAUUCGUCAAGUAUCAACGGAUCGGUUCUACAGUUUUCCGAAUAUUGGUGAUCGAUGUACGUUCCCGGCCCGAGUUUGAGGAUGGCCACAUCCUCUCUUCGGCUACCAUCUGCAUUGAACCGGAUAUCUUGCAGAGAGACCGGAUCGAGGCGGCUGAUGUCGAGGACGCCAUGGAACUCGGGCCGCACAUGGAGAAGUGGCAUUUCGAGAGACGCCAUACAUUCGACAUGGUUGUCUUUUACGACCAUAAUUCGGAGCACCUCAGCUCGGGGAGCACCAACGCACCGGCUACACUCUUUAGGUUGUUGACGGACUUCGAUUAUCCCGAUGGAGACCCGGCCUCAAAACACCCCAAGCUACUGAAGGGGGGGUUAGAAGCAUGGCAGGAUGCCAUGGGUCCCAGUGCUCUUCAGAGAAUGUCCAAGUCGGCGCAUAACAAACGGCCGUCUGCGUAUGACGUGCGCAGGCUCAGGGCGCCCUCGAAGCCGAUUCAGAACAUCGAGGAGGCACGACGCUGGGAAGAGAAAAUAGAGGCAGACAAUGCUGGCGGAGACGAGUUCCAGCCCGUGAGAACCCUCAGCGACUUCAUCAACCGCUUCCCGCCCAUACAAGAAUCCAUGACGUUGCCUCCUGUGGGAUCGCCGACUGUGGGCGACAACUUGAAUGGCCGGCUCUCACCUGGACCCAUACGCUCUCCGGGACCCCGUCCAAGUCCGCAGUCAGACCAUUUUGCAGACUUGAUCCCGGUUGAGCCGACUCGCCCGGCACCCACCGUACCGCGUAAACCCUAUGGCGGGCUACAAGACACAGAGGACGAUCAUGGGACGUCCAGCAAGCUCAAGAAAAGGUCAGACGCGGCAAACAGGGGACGAGCCCUGGGAUUAGAGAAUCCAACAGGAGCAUGGUGUUACGCCAACAGCACCCUACAGGCCUGGUUUGCCUCGGGUGGCUUUGGUGGGGAGCUCAUCAGCGGAGAAUGGGCUCAGCUCUACAAGGCCCCCAUGAAGAGCGACGAGACCCUCCAACCCCCGCAGCUACUGACCAAGAUGCUGUCGAACUUAUUCCACUGGAUGGGGAAUGGGAAGUUCCCCCAGAUGCAUGCGAGAACCCUGAUGGAAUACCUGCGACAAAAGUCCUCCAAGAAUUCUCAGGGCCAGCGAGUCCCCGAAAGUCUUGUUCUGGGCACCAACAGGCAACAAGAUGCUAUGGAAUUCUUGCUCUACGUGUUCACGGAAAUAGACGACGAGACGAACCGAUUCCGUAAUCGCCCGCAGGAAGUGCCUCAACCUCAGCCUUCAAAGACUAAAUCUCUGACGGACCUGGCCAUUCAGUACUGGGAUCUCCACAGCCGAGUCAGCGACUCGAUCAUAGACAAGUAUUGGCGCAUAACCGAGGUCGUCAUUGUGUCUUGCGACCAAUGUGGUCAUGUGGUGACCAAGUACUCAAACAAGGACAUGCAGUUUCUCAGCCUGCCCCAACAGUCAAGCCCCGUCCUGAUGGAGGACCUGCUGCGGAAGGACUACACAGACGAGCGCCUCGAGGAUUACACGUGCGACAACUGCGCGGCCAAGGGCUUCUGCCGGAAGGGGUCCAGGCUCGCGCGCCUCCCGGACCUCCUGUGCGUGUGCUUCACGCGGUUCGAGAAGCUCGGCGACGGCACCCGCUUCUCCAAGAUCACCACGCCCGUCGACUUCCCGAUCCGCGAGCUGGACCUGACGCCGUACACGAUCCAGGGGUCCUCGUCCCUCCUGGGCAACGGCAGCUCGACGGGGGGCCUGCGCUCCCCGGCCUCGACCAUCCCGACCGACGACCACCACUUCAACCGGCCCUUCAAGUACGAGGCCUACGCCGUCGUGCAGCACGGCGGCGAGCUCAACAGCGGGCACUACGUCGGCAUCAUCCGCGACGAGCCGCACGGCCCGGACGGCAACAGCAAGUGGCACGUCGCCGACGACGCGCGCAUCCUCGACCUCACCGUCGGCAGCUCGCGCUCCGACAAGGGCAGCCAGUUCCUCUACAAGCAGGACCGGCACUGGGGGUCGGGCAUGCAGGCGUUCAUGGUGUUCUACCAGCGCAAGGACGCGGAGCUGGUGUGAAAAACAUUAGCCGCGAGCUCGGCCAUGGACCAGCGGGACGGG